AUGGUAUACAAAUAUGUCAAAGAUAAGAUUGCUAGAAUUAAAUAAGGAAUUCACAAAAAAAUGAAUAACUUAAUGUUACAUGAUUAUGUUACUUAUCCUCUUAAGGCUUAAGAUUACUUUAUAUGGUUGAGUAACCCUGAUGAAGCCCUUAGAUAAUUAUAUUUUAUAGUUUUAUGUUGUCUUUAAGGAUAGGUUUAAUAAAGAUAUUUAGAAUAAAUUAAGAGGAUAAAACAGAUACAUUUUAGAUCAAAAAUUUUCAUAUUUUUGAUUUUCCCUUAUGUAGUACUAUUUAAAAGUCAGAAGCAGAAUAAUAAAUAUUAUUAGCCUUUAUUAAUGCAUUCUAAAAGAAAAUAAAAGAGGCAAUUUCAAAUUUAAAUCAGAUUUAAAUAGAUUUUGAAAAAUUAAAAGUAUUAACUGAUUUAAAUAAACUAUAAUUUAAGUAUAUUGGUUUUUUAGAAUGCCACCAGUCCAAUUUGUAAAGGGAAAUGGGAUGAAAUAAUAUCAAUCAUAAGCAUUAAUGUAUACAUGGACAUCAAAUAAGAGGUAAUAUUUUAUUAUAACUAAGGAAUUAUUGGAAUCUUGA